CUGAGUGAACAGCCCUCAACAUCCCAUUGGCCGGCUUGGCGCGUUUGUGUCACUCAGCCGUGUGGCGGUGCAUGGUGGUGUGUGUGUGUUGGUUGGCUUGUGGGCCGCCCACGCUCUCUGUGGUGGCGAUUUGCUUACUGCCAUUUGGGGUUACACAAGGUAUACCCAUUCCGAUGCACCCGGUUCGAUUCCUGCCCCCGCGUCGUUUGUUCUCCGUUGCGGCGCCGGGGAUCGGGUGGUUAGCAUGUCCCAGGUUGCAGGUUCGAUUCUCAUGGUUUCGCGCCCCAGCGCAAACAUCCCGCAUUCGUGCGGGCCAUAGGUGCCGGGUGCUUGGUGCCACACACGGACAGGCAGCACUUGGUUUCAUGGCUCUUUCCCGCUCCUUGGCCGCCCACAUGAGUCCCAUUUGCUGCACUGGUCGAAGCAUGCCUCCAUGCCGAUGGAGAGGCCAAUACAGAAAGGCGUGCUUUCUUCCUCCCCCGGUCGCAAGCUAGCAAGAUUCCGGCCGGAUGGUCAAAAAGACCCAAAGAUCCUCCAAACCCUCAUCGCCCCACUAUAUUACUAAUAAAAAAUCCUCACGAAAAUCCCACUUCAAUCCUCACAAUCCUCACCUCUCCAUCGGCAUGGAGGCAUGCGGUGGUGAAGUGACCGGGAGGCCAUGGAGGAGGCGUGACUGAUGGAGACUCCCGGUUGUCUCCUCCUGCCCGUGCUACUGGGCAGGGCA